UCAUUAGCGGCUAAUAUAAGGAAACACGUGUAGCUCUAGAAAACAAAUCUUGAAUCGAUUUCCGAUGGAGAAUAUGUGUCAAAGACUCUCUCUGUGCUGUAGCAGGACUGUGUAGAAUGUCUGACCAGGAAAACCCCGCUCGGACUUGGAUCGAAGUUCGAACUGCGAUGAUGGAGUUUUGGCAAGACCAUUCCAAGGAUGGAUCUCUAGAAGAGAUGAUGCUGGACAACAAUGCGGCUACCAUGACGGUAGAGGAACUCCCAGAAAUACUCUCCUAUAUCCCGGAAGUGAAGGACAAAGAUGUCGUGGAGCUUGGAGCCGGAAUAGGGCGUUUUACAACCAAAUUGGCCAAAGAUGCAAAGUCUGUACUAGCGGUGGAUUUUGUGGACAAAUUUAUCGACAAGAACAAGAAAAAUACAGCUGACUUUACAAACGUUGACCAUAAAUGUGCUGACGUCACACAACUGAAACUUCCCAAGAAAAGCGCUGAUUUUGUCUUCUCUAACUGGUUGUUAAUGUAUCUACAAGACGAGGAAGUGAAGAACUUAAUAAAGGAGACUCUCUUCUGGCUCCGUGAGGACGGGUAUCUUUUCUGCAGGGAAUCUUGUUAUCACCAAUCAGGAAACAAAGACCGAAAAUCAAACCCUACAAAAUACAGGGAGCCGGGAAUGUACGAGGCUCUGUUCACGUCUGUCGAAAUUCCAACUGAAAACAACGACGAAGUAUACGGAUACGAACUGGUGCUGCAGAAAUCUGUUGAUGCGUACUACAAGCUAAAGAAUAAUAAAAACCAAAUCGUUUGGUUGUUGCAAAAAGUUCGACGAUCGAAGAGCGCAAACCAUGGCUUCCGGACAUUCCAGGAAUUCUUGGACACAAAACAGUAUUCAACGAACGGAAUUCUUCGGUACGAGAAAAUCUUUGGAAGAACCUUCGUAAGCACAGGGGGACUGGAUACGACAAAGGAAUUCGUUGACAGGUUAAAUCUUAAGAAAGGCGAGGUUGUGUUAGAUGUUGGCUGUGGAAUCGGUGGAAGUGCAUUCUACAUGGUCAAAGAGUAUGGAGUGAAGGUUGUUGCAAUAGAUCUGUCUUCCAAUAUGAUCAAAAUCGGCAUGGAGCGAGCAGAGGAGAUGGGCAUUUCCCUACUAGACGUACAGUUCGAGGUAGCGGAUGCCACCAAGCGCGUGUACCCGGAUAAUUACUUUGACGUGGUGUACAGCAGGGACACCAUUCUCCAUAUAAAAGACAAGUUGGACUUGUUUCAACGAUUCUACAAAUGUUUGAAGCCUGGGGGUCGACUUUUGAUCUCGGACUAUGCUUGUAGCCCGGAUGAACAUUUGGAACAAUUCAAAGCUUACGUAAAACAACGAGGAUACAACCUCUUAUCCCCGGAACAGUAUGGAAAGGUUUUGGAGAAAGCGGGGUUUGUUAAUGUGAAAGCAGACGACAGGACUGAUCUCUUUGUUGAAUCGCUGGAAAAGGAACUUGUAAGAACGGAAACGAUCAAAGACGAUUUUGUUAAGGAGUUUUCUCAGAAAGAUUACGAUGAUAUAGUUGGAGGGUGGAAGGAUAAACUGGUCCGAACAGCCACCGGGGACCAGCGAUGGGGAGUGUUCUACGCAGAAAAACCGGGCAAUUAAUGACUGACUACAUAGAGACAUGACGUUUAGGGGAGAAUGGGUUGUGACGUGAUUGAGUGAAUUUCUUACGCCACAUUUUUUUCCGUGAAAAAUUGACUUUGGCUAAGUCUUCCGUUUGUGGUCAUAGUAUGCAUGCAAGCUGUGAGGGUUUUUGAUUUUCUUUUGUUUUAACGUUUUACCGUUAUUUUCAUUGAACCAUUCCGCGGAAGAUGACAAAAUAACUACCGUUUCAAGGAAUUGGAUGAUGUGAAGUUGUUGUCAAUUUAAUGAACAAUUGUAAUUUUUUUAUGUCGUUAUGUUGUUUUGAACAUGUUGGUUAAAAAUAAAUGAGUUUCAUUUAAAA